CAACCCUUCAUUCGCGAUCCGCGACCAUACCGAUCGACACCCGAAUUCCGCCUCUUCAAGCAGAGAUAUGCGGAAGAACUGCAGGAAAUGCAGUGCUAUACGGAGCUGACGCCGCCGACGGCCGUCACACAUUCCACGACACUGCAACUGAUCCCCGGCCAGGGCACGAACCUCGUUGUCGCCAAGUCGUCGCUCCUCCAAAUAUUUAGGACCAAGAUUGUCGCAACCGAAGUCGAGACGUCGCAAUCCAAUGGACAUAGGGCGCGCAAUGUCACUCGCUACGAGAGCCGCUUGGCCAACGAUGACGACGGUCUCGAAGCAUCCUUCCUCGGAGGAGACAGCUUGGGCUUGCGCACAGAUCGGACAAACAACGCAAAGCUGGUCCUCAUCGCCGAGAUCCCACUUGCCGGCACCGUCAUCGGCCUUGCCCGCAUAAAGACACCAAACCCACGCCACGGAUGCGACUCGCUUCUAGUGGCAUUCAAAGACGCAAGGCUCAGUCUUGUCGAGUGGGACGCAGAGCGGUACACGCUCUCGACCGUGUCGAUUCACUACUACGAGCAAGAAGAGCUCCAGGGGAGUCCCUGGGCCGCCCCCUUGAGCCACUAUGUCAAUUUCCUGGCCGCAGAUCCGGGCAGUAGAUGCGCCGCACUCCAAUUCGGUGCCAGGAACCUGGCCAUCCUGCCCUUCAGGCAGGCCGAUGAGGACAUUGACAUGGGUGAUUGGGAUGAAGAGCUGGACGGCCCGCGGCCGCCGCCAAAGGACUCGUCGAGCGCCGUUAUAAAUGGAGCUAGCAACAUAGAAGACACACCAUAUUCAUCGUCAUUUGUCCUCCGACUCUCCAAUCUAGACCCAAGCCUGCUCCAUCCUGUGCACCUGGCCUUCCUCUAUGAAUACCGAGAGCCCACCUUUGGCAUUCUCGCCUCCACCACCAGCGCCUCGAACUCGCUCGGCCGCAGGGAUCACUUCGUCUACAUGGUCUUCACGCUAGAUCUGCACCAGAAGGCAUCUACCACCAUCCUCUCUGUUACUGGUCUACCCCAAGACCUCUUCCGCGUCGUGCCCUUGCCGGCUCCGGUCGGAGGCGCCCUGCUCGUCGGCUCGAACGAGCUGAUCCACAUCGACCAGUCGGGCAAACCAAAUGGCGUGGCCGUCAAUUCCAUGGCCAAACAAUGCACCUCCUUCGGCCUCGUUGAUCAGUCCGACCUCAACCUCCGCUUGGAAGGCUGCGCUAUCGACGUCCUGACAGCUGAUCUUGGCGAGCUCCUCAUCAUCCUGAACGAUGGGCGCAUGACUGUGGUAACGUUUCGCAUCGAUGGCCGGACUGUCUCCGGUUUGGAGCUCAGGGUCAUCCCGGAAUCUUCUGGAGGGUCUGUCAUACCUGGCCGGGUUGCAACCCUUUCCCGCGUGGGCCGGAACGGCAUGUUUGCCGGGCUUGAGGAGGGCGACUCUGUCUUGUUCGGCUGGUCAAAAAAGCAAGCUCAGGUUGGGCGAAAGAAGACGCGGGCCAAGGAGAUCGCUGCGGACAUGGAGCUCGAGGACGAGGAUGCCAUGGAAGACGAGGAGGAGGACGAAGAUGAUCUGUACGGCGAAGAAUCAGCGUCUCGCCACCAGCCUGUCUCGGCAGUGAGCAGUCUCAUGAGCGGAGAUGUCAAUUUCCGUGUCCACGACCGUCUUCUCAACACUGCGCCGAUUCAGGCAAUGACUUAUGGCCAGCCGGUUUGGCUGCCUGGAAGCGAAGAAGAGCGAAACUCGGCUGGCGUCCGCAGCGAUUUGCAAUUGGUUUGCGCCGUGGGCAGGGACAGGUCGGCUUCGCUCGCAGCAAUGAACUUGGCGAUUCAACCAGCCGUCAUCGGCCGUUUUGAGUUCCCUGAAGCCAGAGGGUUCUGGACUAUGUGCGCAAAGAAACCGAUUCCCAAGACGCUCCAGGGUGACAAGGGCGGGGACUCUCUUGGUAAAGACUAUGACGUGUGCGGCCAGUACGACAAAUUCAUGAUCGUGGCCAAAGUGGAUCUGGACGGUUACGAGAAAUCGGAUGUCUAUGCCCUGACCGCUGCCGGCUUUGAGAGUCUCGGAGGCACAGAGUUCGACCCUGCGGCAGGCAUCACCAUCGAGGCGGGUACUAUGGGUAAAGGCAGUCGAAUCAUCCAAAUACUCAAGUCCGAAGUCCGCUGCUACGAUGGAGAUUUUGGGCUCAGCCAAAUCGUACCCAUGCUCGACGAGGAGACCGGCGCGGAGCCGCGAGCCAUCAGCGCGAGCAUUGCGGAUCCGUUUCUGCUCAUCAUCCGGGACGACUCUAGUACAUUUAUAGCCCAAAUAGACAGCAGUAACGAGCUCGAGGAGAUGGACAGGGACGACCAAAUUCUUACGACUACCAAGUGGCUCACUGGCUGCUUAUACGCCGAUACUAACGGCGUCUUCGCGGAAGAAGUGGCCGCAAAAAGGUCGAAACCAACCCAAAGCAUUCUCAUGUUCCUUCUAAGCGCCAGCGGCGCGCUUCAUAUAUAUCGACUUCCUGACCUAUCAAAACCAGUCUAUGUCGCUGAAGGGCUAUCCUACAUCCCUCCGAGCCUCUCGGCCGACUACGCCGCAAGAAAGGGGACAGCCAAGGAGACAGUGGCCGAGAUUAUCGUGGCGGACCUUGGUGACACGACGCACAAAUCCCCGUUCCUCAUUCUUCGACAUGCAAAUGACGAUCUGACACUCUACCAGCCCUUCCGUUUCAGGGAAGGCACCAGUUUGGACUUUUCCAAGACGCUGUUCUUCCAGAAGUUGCCGAACACGGCCUUCGCGAAGAGCCCAGAGGAAGCAGACGAGGAUGAAGCAUCGCACCAGCCCCGGCUUCUCUCGAUGCGCAGGUGCAGCAACAUCGCGGGAUACAGCACUGUCUUCCUGCCAGGAGCAUCCCCAAGCUUCAUCAUUAAGUCGUCCAAGUCGAUGCCGAGGGUGUUGCCAUUACAAGGCUCUGGCGUCAUCGCCAUGAGCCCAUUCCACACCGAAGGAUGCGAGUACGGGUUUAUCUAUGCAGACUCUCAGCAUAUCGCGCGAGUGACUCAGUUGCCGCAAGACUGGAGCUACGCAGAAACCGGGCUUGCUAUCAAGAAAAUCCCCAUCGGUGACGACAUUGGAGCAAUUACGUACCAUCCGCCGACGCAGAGCUAUGUGGUGGGCUGUAACACACCUGAGCCGUUUGAGCUACCCAAGGACGAUGACUACCACAAGGAGUGGGCGCGGGAGAAUGUGAUUUUCAAGCCCACUUCCGACCGCGGCACGCUCAAGCUCGUGAGUCCCAUUACAUGGACCGUUGUUGACUCGGUCCUGCUAGAGCCGUGCGAAACCAUUCUCUGUGUCGAGACCCUGAGCCUGGAGGUCUCGGAGUUCACCAACGAGCGGAAGCAGUUGAUUGCCGUUGGAACUGCCCUCACCAAAGGCGAGGACCUGCCAACCAGAGGCCGGGUCUACGUCUACGACAUCGCCGAUGUCAUCCCUGAGCCCGGGCGUCCCGAAACGGGCAAGAAGCUGAAGCUGGUCGCCAAGGAGGACAUUCCUAGAGGGGCAGUCACCGCGCUGUCAGAGAUAGGCACGCAGGGCCUCAUGCUUGUCGCCCAAGGCCAGAAGUGCAUGGUCCGAGGUUUGAAAGAGGAUGGAUCUCUUCUACCCGUGGCUUUCAUGGACAUGAAUUGCUACGUCACUGCUGCCAAGGAGCUCCCGGGGACUGGCUUGUGCCUGAUGGCGGACGCGUUCAAAGGGGUGUGGUUCACAGGCUACACCGAGGAGCCGUACAAGAUGAUAUUGUUUGGCAAGAGCUCUACGAAGCUGGAGGUCCUCAACGCCGAUUUCCUCCCAGACGGAAAAGAGCUGUCCAUCGUUGCGAGCGACGCCGACGGCCACAUCCACAUUUUACAGUUUGAUCCUGAGCACCCCAAAUCCCUCCAAGGCCACCUCCUACUGCACCGCACCACCUUCAACACAGGCGCCAACAUCCCAACCAAAUCCCUCCUCCUCCCGGCCACAUCCCCAGCCGACAAGGAAAAGGCCCGAACCACCACAAAACAAAACGGCUCCUCUUCGUCGUCCUCCGACGAGCGCGAACCCGCCACCCAACGCCCGCACGUGCUCCUCCUCGCCUCAGCGACGGGUGUCCUGGCCGCUCUGCGCCCCCUCCCCGAGUCGGCGUACCGCCGCCUGUCGUCGCUCGCCGCGCAGCUGGUCAACUCGCUCCCGCACGCGGCGGGCCUGAACCCGAGGGGCUAUCGCAUGCCGAGCGCCGACUGCCCGCCAGCCGGGGUUGAGGCUGGGAUCGGGCGGAGCAUUGUGGACGGGGCCGUGCUGGAACGGUUUACUGAGCUUGGGAUGGCGAGACGGGUCGAGCUGGCGGGCCGGGCGGGGUACGCCGGUAUAGGGGAGGUCAGGGCUGAGUUGGAGGGGGUGUUGGGGUGGGCUGGGAUGGGGUAUUUCUGA